ACUAUCAUGAGAUUUGUCAACAGUUCUCUUAGCUCCAGAAUGGGGCACCGCUCCAUUGCCCUGAGUUGUAGCGCGUCUGUUGCCAGAGCCGUGAGUGUGUGUGAUUUUAAUAUGUAACUGGGUCCAUAGCGCGAUUGAUGUCCAGUUGUUUAAACAUAGAGUUUGGUGUUGCUGCAGCAAAACCACUCCCUGCCACGGUGAAGAUAGUGGAAGUGGGGCCCAGAGAUGGACUACAGAAUGAAAAGACGGUUGUCCCUGCAGACGUGAAGAUCCAGCUGAUUGACAUGCUGGCAGAUGCGGGGCUGCCAGUUAUCGAGGCCACCAGCUUUGUGUCCCCCAAAUGGGUACCACAGAUGGCAGAUCAGGUGGAGGUGAUGCAGGGGAUCCACAAAAAGCCCGGUGUGAACUACCCGGUACUCACCCCCAACCUCAAGGGUUUCCAAGCAGCUGUGAAGGCAGGGGCGCAAGAGGUGGCCAUAUUUGGGGCGGCCUCUGAGCUCUUCAGCAAGAAGAACAUAAACUGUUCGGUGGAGGAGAGUCUCCAGCGCUUUGAAGAGGUGAUGAAGGCCGCCAAGGAGCACGGCGUACCUGUCAGAGGGUAUGUGUCGUGCGUCUUGGGGUGCCCUUAUGAAGGAAAAGUGUCACCUGAUAAAGUUGCCCAGGUGGCAAAGCGUUUGUAUGCCAUGGGUUGCUAUGAGAUCUCCCUCGGUGACACCAUUGGCGUGGGUACCCCGGGGGGCAUGAGCGAGAUGCUGGAGGCGGUGAGGAAAGAGGUGCCAGUGGAUGCCCUAGCCGUGCACUGCCACGACACGUACGGCCAGGCCCUGGCCAACAUCCUGGUAGCGCUGCAGAUGGGAAUCAGUGUGGUGGACUCCUCCAUAGCGGGACUAGGUGGCUGUCCUUACGCCCAGGGAGCAUCUGGCAACGUGGCCACUGAGGACGUGGUGUACAUGCUGCAUGGACUGGGGAUUCAAACUGGAGUUGACCUCUCCAAGCUGAUGGACGCUGGUGCUUUCAUCUGCCAGUUCCUGAACAGACGGACCAGCUCAAAAGUGGCCCAGGCUUCUUGUAAACUAUGAGAGCCCCUUCCCCUACCCACCCACUCUCCGCCAUCUCCUUUCCCUUUCAUCUGUGGCCUACUGCAGUUGAAGCUGCAGGUUCCAUGGGCAAAACAGACAGUCAGUCAGUCUUCCUCUUCCACUUUAGAGACUGGUGAGGGCAGUAACCUUGGCAUUCCCCUCCUCUGUGCACCUAUCAUGGUGCGUUUUAAAAUGGUUACUCCUCGAUUGGUGUGUGGACUGGACUGUGGAGGGUUUUUCAUCUGAUUGGCUGCAAACGGUUUUCGGGAAUGUUUAUCAGUCGUAUGGUGGUGGUGUCUGUGCAGCUGUGUGCUUGUCAGGCCAGUGGAAUUGCAAAUCUAAACAGGGUUGUGGAAACGUGGCUCAACAACCGACUGCCUGCCUUGUCUUGUGUGUGUUGCACAAUGUUUUUUUGUGCCUUUUUAACACUCCUCCACCUACUCUGAAAAAUAGUACCAAGGUUUGUGUUUGUAUUUGCCGGAAAUAAGCACUAAAAUUCAAAUCAUGGUUCUGUAAACUAUGUAAAUCGCACAGAAAAAAAAGUGGGAAUUUUCGUUAGCAGGGCGAAGUGUAUUCGAGAUGUGCUUGUAGAUCAGCUUUUCAGAUAAAUCCAGCAAAAGUGAGUUCACUGUGCAGCUACAUGCAAAUACAACAUGGAUAACAUGUUUCUGUUUGAACUGAAAUGACCCCAUGAAACUACUGUUAUUUAAGUUACUCUAUGAGGAAUCAAGAUCGACUUUGAGAGGACGAUGUGUGUCCGUUUAUGUAAACAUCUGUUCCUGUGUUUUCAGGAGGAAAAAGUGUCAUAUCAAAUUCUUUCAUUUGAAGGAAAAUGAACAUUAUGUUGUGAAUAACCAUACAGAAUUUCUGUAAUGUUUUUGUGUGUCAAUGAAAUAAAGAAUAUAUAUUUAAA